AUGGCGAAGAGCAAGGAAGAUAUCAAGUACGCGACGGCGCAGGCGAAGUUAUCUGAAGACGAGGCGCUGCGGAUUCGGUACAAGCACGGCACACCGUUGGAAGGCGGCAAGAUAGCUGACUCUCAGCCGGUGGAAUUGUUCUCUGGUGCUCAUAGAGUCGCCGAUGCUAACGCUGAUGAAAGGGAUCCCUCCGGCGGUGGUCAGUCCCAGCUGGAUCGCCCGCGUGGCGGUGUCGCCGGGGAGAAAGGUACCGAUCUUCCUACCGGAGCAGGGUGA